CACUAACGAAUUGCGAUCAAAAAUGUACUAAUUUUAUGUUAAAUAAUAUAAUCACUACACUUUCUACUUCUAGCUGACAGCUGGGGUCUGUAUAUAUUGUCUAUGGUAUAUAAUUGUUUACUAUUGUUGCUACUUUGUACUUGGUCGUUGGCACUGUGUGGUUGUGGAAUGUGGUAGUAAUUACUUACUAGUUACUACUAACUAGUGUCUAUAAUUCCUGAAACACGAUGCCUGAGAUAGUGGAAAGGGUUCCAGAAAAUGGUUCAGAUUGCGAUGGAGACAGAAAUGAAAAUAGUAUGGAUAGUACUGUGGGUUCAGAUUCGGAUAAAUUAAAAAAAAAGAGAAAGCGAGGAAUAAUUUAUCUGUCCACGAUCCCUCCUUACAUGAAUGUUGCCAAAAUAAGAGAAAUUUUUAGUGAGUUUGGUGAAAUAGGAAGGAUUUACUUACAAUCAAGUGCAAAACCUGGAGAAAAACGAAAACGCGUUCCUAAUCAGUUUACGGAGGGCUGGGUAGAAUUUAAGAAGAAAAAAGUUGCCAAAAGUGUUGCCGCUAGUUUAAAUAAUACGCAAAUAGGAACUAGGAAGAAAUCACGGUAUUAUGAUAUGAUAUGGAACAUCAAGUAUAUUCCUAGAUUCAAGUGGGUUCAUUUAAGUGAAAGGCUAGCUUAUGAGAAGGCAGCUAUGAAACAGAGACUCAGGGCUGAAAUAUCUCAAGCAAAGAGAGAAGCUCACUAUCUGCAAAGCAAUGUUGAAAAGAGUAAAAAGUUUAAAAAUAAGAAACCUGUUGCUAUAACUCAAGCUAAUAACACUGACUAAAACUUAUGUUUAAUUUGAUAAUUGUUAUAGGUUUUUUAAAUAAAAAUAUUAACCACAGUA